GCCUGCCCUCGUGCGAGAUCUGAGAGAGAGAGGUAUUAACAGUGUGAGAGAAAUUUGGCGUCUUUCCCGUCUUCGAUCUCUCUCGUUUGCGAGGAAAGAGGGAGGAUUUGAGCAGAGAGGUGGACAAGGAGAAGAAAAGGUAGGAGUUUUUUUUGUUUUUUUUUAGGGUGGAUCUGUGCUGAGGGAUGACGGCGGAAGGAGGGCGGCAGCCGACGUGGAAGGAGAGGGAGAACAACAAGCGGCGGGAGCGGCGACGGCGGGCGAUCGCGGCCAAGAUCUUCUCCGGGCUGCGGGCGAUGGGUAACUACAAGCUUCCCAAGCACUGCGACAACAACGAGGUCCUCAAGGCCUUGUGCCGUGAGACCGGGUGGAUCGUCGAGGAGGACGGCACCACUUACCGAAAGGGUUGCAAGCUACCACCAGCACCUCCACAAUCAUUACUUGCUGCUCCAUCUUCUGGCAUAAGUCCAAGCUCCUCGUCCCCUCUGUUGAGCCCUCUCUCCUCAUCUUUCCCAAGUCCUGCUCCUUCCUACCAUGCAAGCCCAUCGACAUCGUCUUUCCCAAGCCCCAGCCGCCAUGAUAAUGUCCACAACCCCAGUGUCAAUCCCUCGUAUCUCCUCCCGUUUCUCCAAAAUCUUACCUCCCUUCCCCCGUUUUGCAUGUCUAAUAGUGCCCCAGUGACCCCGCCAAUAUCAUCCCCUACUGCCUCCCGCCCACCCAAGAUUCCGAACCUAGACAAUGCAUUCUGCCAUUCUCUUUAUGCUAUUUCUGCUCCUUCUAGCCCCAAUAGAGACCACCAACCGGUGCAACCCACCACAAUACCUGAAUGCGACGAGUCCGAUGCAUCCACGAUUGACUCUGGCCAGGGGGUCAGCUCCCAGACAGCAGCCCCUGGUUCCCCGACUUUCAACCUUGUUAAGCCCUUUGCUGUGAUGGAGGGGACUGCAGCAAGCUCAUCCGGAGGGAUGCCAGAGAGGGGACGAGAUGGCGUGGAGUUUGAAUUUGAGAACAUGUGGGUGAAACCAUGGGAGGGCGAGAAAAUUCACGACGUUGGACCAGAUGACAUUCAGCUCACUUUGGGAAUCGGAGGUGCGACACCAAAGUGAAACACCACAUGCUAGAUCUUUGCUUACUUUGUGCAUUUGUUUUCCAAGUUCAGUAUCCGUUCAUUGUUGUCUAGAUAUUCUCAGCAUGUGAUUCUGCUGCCCCCAUUCAUUGUCUUGGUCUAAAGUAGCCGAGUUGUGCCAAUGACUUAAUGAUUUCCAUCUGAAUGUAUUAUGUGAAGAUUUUUCAUGUGAAGAUUACAGAUUUUGAAUUAA